AUGGCACUGCUGCAGACAUCUCUGAUCUGGGUGGUGUAUGCAGCGGUGGUGACCAUCCUGCUGGCAGUGGCAUCGGUGUUUAUCUACGUUUAUCAGACUCCGAGGGAUCGUUCUCCGUCUGUAACUCUAACAUGCAUUAUUGCAAUUACCAGUCUCCUGGCUACAGUGCUUUUACUCCCGGUUGACGUUUCCCUGGUGUCUUCGACAACGUCCUCCCAGUUGGGUCGACGCAAGGACUGGGCCACCCAGGAUGCAGUCGAUAAAAUCACCUACUCUUUGACAGUGGUCUACUAUCUUCUAUAUUCAUUGGAUGCCCUUCUCUGUCUCCUGGUCAUCCCCUUCACUUAUUUCUGGUAUGAGGAAUAUGACGAGGUUGCAACAGAGACUGGGGAACAAACAGUGGGACAGCGGCUUUGGGGCGCCCUGAAGUAUUCCAUAUCCUUUAUGGCUAUCGUGGUGAUUCUAUUCCUGGUUGGCUUCUUUGUCCCUGUGUCAGAGAACAAAAGUAGCAUGGACUUGGAUUACUUCAGGCGAUUACUGAUGGAGAAUCACGGCGAACGGGCACUCACUUUUGCUUUGGGGCUACUGAUGACCAUUGGACUUGGUCUCUACAUUCUCUACACUGCAUCUGGUCUCGCUCUAUUCCCAAUCGGCUUGAUCAAAACUGCCCCAUCAGUUUCGAGUCCUGCUCUACGAGCCACUACCGCACAGCAGCUGGAGGCCAACCGUGAACGGCAACGACAGCUCGAAGGUCGCUGUGGGGGAAACCCGGAACUUCUAUCCUCCAAAGACCGCAGGGAACUCGACACUCUGACGCGAGAGGAGAGGACGCUCAUUCGGCGACAACGCCUAGUGGAGGAAGCUCAGGGCGAAGGUCGAAGCUGGCUGAUUAGGGUAUGGUACAGGAUUGAAGCGUUACUCCGUCCCUUCAAGCUUCUCAGCGGCAUCUUCCUGCUGCUGGUUGCCUUUCUCACGUGGGUGUCAAUGCUGUUGACGGCCAUCGACAAGGCCAAAAACUCAGUUUGCAAGCACCAUUGUGGUUAUAUCCUCGGCCAUGUCAGCAUCUUCAAUCCCGUCAACUGGGCCCUAGUUCAGUCCGCCAAGGUCUUCCCCGUUGACUAUGUGAUUUUCACCGUCCUUGUCCUAUUGCUGUUUUGCAGCUCGGUUGUGGGGAUUUCUGUGGUCGGAGUCCGCUUCCUAUGGAUUCAAAUCUUCCGCAUCCGCAAGGGCCACACGUCUCCUCAAGCGCUGCUCUUGGCAACCGCGAUGCUGAUGCUGAUCAUAUUGGCGUUGAAUUACUCCAUCUCGAUGGUAAUCGCUCCGCAAUAUGCGACUUUCGGUCCUCAGACGUUUUGUGAUCGCGCCUCUGUGUCUCCUCUCGAGCAACCGGACUGUUUACACAGCAAAGAACUCAUCAAGCCAUGUUCCGAAGCAACAGACAACUCCUCGGCACAGCGGGUGUGUACGCCCAGCGUCGUCAGUACUUUCCUGAACCGCGUCACACUGAAUUACCCUUUUUUCGGCGUUGUUUUCUUCUGGGCUCAGUUCUUCUUUCUUGGACUCUAUCUGGUCGUCUUUGUUACUUCACUGUUUCGUUCGCCAGCAUUGGACGAAAGGCAGAUUGACGAGGAUGCCGAGGAGGCCGAAGAAGAAGGCUUACUUGCUAACACUGGCAGACGGUUCAAUGCUACCUGGCAAGAUAUCACUGGUAGAGCAGGCCGGAAUGGGCGUGCUGACCAUUAA